GUUUUAUCCCCGUUGGAAAGAAUACGAACGAUGGCAGGCUCGACUUCUAGACUACUAUGUUCCUGAAGGCCAAGUCCUUGAGGAAUGGGCAGAGUUGAUCUGCUUGGCCUCCCAACCUGGUGCCGCACUGGAACAACUGCACAUCUUUGUCCUUGCCCACAUCCUGCGACGACCAGUGAUUGUGUAUGGAGUAAAGUGUGUCAAGAGCUUUAGAGGAGAGGACUUGGGUUUUGCAAGAUUUGAGGGUGUGUACUUACCAUUGUUAUGGGAACCAUCAUUCUGUUGGAAGUCCCCUAUUGCACUUGGAUACACUCGUGGACAUUUCUGUGCCCUUGUGCCCAUGGAACCAGACUCUCCUGAGAACAUGGGAGCAGGAGCAAUCUUGGAUGCUGGGGAGUCACAGGUUGUCUUCUUGCCUUUAAUGACUCAAGAUGCCAAGCUUCUCCCUGUGCACUUCCUUACACAGGCUGAGGUUGGCUGUGAGGAAACUUUACUAAGACAGUGGCUGGAGGUGUGUGUCAGUGAAGGAGGUGUACUGGUGGCACAGCAGCAUCUCACCAAGAAGCCCCUAACGGUGGCCCAGAUGACGGAGGAAUGGCUCAACCAUUACAGAAGGCUUGCACAAAUGGAAUGUGCCCCAUAUCACCGCCCCAUAACAAGCCAAGGAUACUCCAGUGAUGGGGACUCAGAGGAAGAAUGAUCUGGAACUCAUAAAGGAUCUCUCAAUAACCAGUAUAUUCCAAAGAGAACACUUCAAAGUGACUGGAGUUUUUUUGUUGAACAUUAUCAAGAAGAAAAAGUUUCAAUAUCUCAGCAGAUAAAGUGAAAAUGAGUAUUUAUCUAACAAAAGUAGUCUCAAGAUUUAAAUUGUUUCGUCCAGAGGAAGUAACACAAAUCUGCCUCUCUCUUUACCAUAAUAAAAUCUUCUAAUGUUUCUUAGGCAGCAAGAAAAGGUGAGGCCGUACUCCAGUUGACUUCUCGUGCUUUAUUUGAUAUGUUUACUAAGAGCCAAUUGUGAUGGGUUGUUAAAUAUUACAAGCUGUGAUAAUAUUACCUACAAAGCAUGUGGUAUAUCUGAAAAUGUGUAUUGAUAUAUAUAUUUUAUUUUUCUUUUCUCUAUCAAACUUGGUUUCCUCUCAUAAUGAUGCAUAAUAUAGCCAAAGUGAAUUUUAAAAUUUAUAUAAAAUUAUCUUGAUUCUCACAUAAAAUGUGUUACUUUACAAUUACAAUUAUCAUAUCUAUACUCUAUGUAUUAUUUCUUUUCAUCUGAUAACAAAUUAAAGACUCCUGGAGCACGGAAUCACCAAAGAACAGAAGGGGGUUAAUUGAAAAAGAUUGUUGAAUAUACUGAAGACAGUAGGAUGAUUUGCAAAAUCUAAUUGUAUGACUUCAGAAAAGUAUACAACUUACACCCAAGGCCUUAGUGACUUUACUGAAAAAGUAGUGAAGUAAAUAAGUAUUGAUUUAUACUAGACUACAUCAAUUUGCUGUUGUAAUUGAAAUGAGUUUGUGUUUUGUUUCAUAAAUAAUACAGUGCCCCUGUGCAUAAUACGGAGAUUAUGAGUAACCAGUUUCUGAAAGCAUAAGGACUUCAAGGUAAUGUAUCUUGGUUUAAUGUGUGAUAUAUACCUGUAUAUUGACUUCUCGCCACUACAUGGGGUCACGUAAAAUCUAAAAUCUUGACAUUGAAAAGUGAUUUUUUAACUGAAAAUUUGCUACAUAAAUUUCACUUGCAGUGAAGAAAGAACAGUAUUGAUGUUGUCAUAUAUUUUGAGAUGAGCUAUUCAUAGUCAAUAAAGUCACUUUUAUUUUUUACUUUAUAUAUAUAAGCGAUGUCAUUCAUUGGUCUGCUGUUUAUCCUGAAGGCUCCACAGGGAGUGACUUCUCAAGCAGGAUGAUAGAAGGUUGAUGACUUCUGCUAGGACUUAAAGAGAAGUCUUUUCCAUUAUAAAGAAGUAAACUUGAAAAAAAAUGUUGAUAAUGAUAAUCCAUUUUUAUACAGUGAUAGGAACUGUAGUCUCUUUUUUUUUUCUAUUUUGCCAAUGAUUGGCCUUUGAAUGCUUGAAACUAACUUGAAAUUUGCUUUCAUGCUAAGGAAGGGAAAAAAAUCAGUGUUCAUAAUUUUUUACAUAUAUUUCUCAUGUUUGUGCUGGCAAUGUUAUCUUUUGCAAAUUAUACAGUGUGCAUCUUGACCUGGAAAUUGUGGCUAUUUAAUGCAAGUGUAACUAAUAUUAUUUUGCUGAUGCUGCAAAGCCAUGCCAUCAUGUGCUCUACAAUGAAUCUUCUACCCCCUCUCCCUUAGUUUGGCCAUAAACUGUUACACCAUGAUGUCUUUUAUCUCCAUGUCAUAAUGAUUGCGUCCACAGUUUGAUAUCUUUACUUUCAUAAAAAGAAAUCCAAGAAAGUAAGUCAAAUACAUUUCCUGUGUUCCAUAUUUUUGUUUCCAAAAUUUCUUGAUGAGAAAUAUGUAUCAGUUACAUCCCCAAUUGCAAAGGUAAUAUAUUCUAUUCAGCAAUCUCCAAAAGUGCUGAAUGUAGGCAGAAGAGCUUGCAGUAGGUGGUAUGCAAGCAACAGAUCAUGAUAUGCAUUGUCUUGUAAACCACAUCAAGUGCCAAAGUUGCAUUUUUCUUUUCUUUUUAUGGUUAUAUAACUAGUUUUUUUCAUUACAUUAAAAGGACUUUAACUUCAGAUAUCGUGUUAGUUGCGGCUAUUGUAGAAUUCAAGAGAGUAUGUAAGAGGAACCAAGUGUGAGAAUCUCCCCAUUUCAAGUAAACUGUGGUGUUAAUAUUCUCAACGUUAAAGGAGCUAACUAGCAAGGCAUUAUUUCUUCACAGCAAGGCAGACCAGUAUGGUGUCAACAUGUGGCUUUUGUCAUGGGCUUUCAUCUUAACUUUGGGUAUUCAGAGGAACCAAAUGAUACAAAUGAACGACUAAAGGAAUGUUAGUUGCUGCCCAACCUGAUGGUUGAAAUACGAUAUUAAUGCCAAAAAUAGAAACUGACAUGUACUGUAUACUGACUUUGUGCAUAUUAUAUGUUAUUGUUAUUUAUGUGUUCUAUUUCUUUCAUGAUCAUUUUUUUUUUCUUUUCUUUUUUAUUAUCACCUUGUGAGGUGUGAUACUGCUGACACCAAUUUGCAUAUACUAAGGUGAUAGCAUCCAGCCAAAAGCUUGAUGUAGGAGAUUUCAAAUACAGGUCUCUCAGAUUCAUCUACACAGGCAUAAGCACUAUUGCUUCUUCUGAGGUGGGGCAGUCAGGGACAGCCAUCUAGUUAAGGUCCAGGCAAAAUAUAGUCACCUAAGGAAGGUCCAGGCAAGGAUGGUCACUUAGGGGACAUUUAGGCAAGGACAAUCACCUAGUGGAGGUCCAGGCAAGGAUAGUCACCAAGGGGAGGUUUAAGCAGGGUCAGUUACCUUUUGUAGGUAUAGGCAGAGGUAAUCAACUAAUGUAGUUCCGUACAGGGGACAGUCACCUAGUGCUGCCCCACUCAAAGAAGACUUGCAGUAUGAUAGAUUGAAAGGAAUCCAUGAGAUGCAAUUAGUCCAGAAAUGGUUUGGUUAUUUAUUACUGUUGUUAUUGUUUUUAUUAUCAAUUUUAUGCUAUAUAUUUUUUUUAGAUCAUUAUAUUUAUUAAUUAUGAAUUGUUUCAAUAUAUUAGUCAAUGUAAUUCUUUUGUCAUAUUUACACUUACUUUCAUCAUAUUUUCCAUAACAUUGCUUUUGUUUGUUUGAUUUUUAUUGCAUUCAAAAAUGUCAGUAGUUGAACCAAACUCAUCUUAGUUGAGAAAUUUUGGUUUGAGGGGUUAGUUGUGUUGAACUUGCUCUAAGCUAAGUUUUUACCCCGUCAUAGCACUUGAGGCCACACUAGUCUUUCCUCAGUCUAACUAAUCAUAUUUCUGCACAUGAGCCAUUUAAUUAAAACCAAUCAAUAAGAGAGUUCUUCCUCCCUAUUUAUUUGGUUGUGAAUAUUAAUCAGUAUUUGCUUUUAUUAUAUCCUUGCAUUCAGUGGUUUGUUAUAGAUGAAAAAAAAAUACAAAAACAAGUUGGAAUGAUGCAUUUAUGUGUCCUAUCUUUGAGCACAAAUAACAAAUACAAGGCUCUCACUUUCUUCUCAAUAUCCUCUUUCAAGGGAAUAAUUUUUUUGGUAUAAUAAUUGAUCAUUUGUCAAAGGCGCUGUUCUACAUAAUUGUUUAUGGAUUCCCGCCCCAAUUUCCGUUGUUCCUUUCCGUCCAGUUAGUUGCAUCAGAAUCUUACAUAUGCAUCUUUUCUGUAUUAUUCAGUUUGACAUAGCAAUAAUUCUUAUAUCCCAUAUGUGUACAUAUGUAUAGUUUAGUAUUAUUUCUUUACAUUUGUGAUUAUUGCUUUAAAGAGUUUAGUCAUGUUAGUAAGCCCAUUUUAUGUCAAUCAUUUUAUCAUAGAGAAGUCAACUAUUAAACUCUUCUAAUCUUUUCUGUAGUUUUCUGUCCCAUUAAUGAUAUAUUUCACUGAGCUUGACACAAAAGCUAAGAGAGGUUUAGCCUGCUGUCUGUUAUUCGCAGGAGCUGCUUCUAUUUAAGGGUUGUAUUUGCUAGGUAGCACACCUUUCAUAUCUCAUCAUCAUUCUCAGCUUCUCCAUGGUGACAGUACAAACCAAGAACAUAAUGUGAUGAGAUCAUUAAAUGCGAUCCACUUUUGUAGAGGAUACGGUAUGGCUUCUUUUUUUUAUAUAUAUAUAUAGAACACACAAAAUUGAGCCUUCUAUACCUCUUGUAGGCUCGUAUUGCUUGAUUUCAUCACUCAUAUUUUAGCUGUCAGAACUGUAAAGCUAAAUUUUGUAGUUUUGUCAGAGAAGUGUUUAGAUUUUAUUUCAUGCAUGAUGUGAAGCUGCCUGUGCAGAUUUUUUUUAAGGAAGUAGUUUUACCCAGUUAAUGCGUAAUGGCUAGAUGUUUGUAAACUUUCUCAACAGGUAAGAGUUCAAAUAUUGUCUGGGAAAUUAAAGCAUAGAAAGUUUCCAGUAACUAGCUAUUUUACUUGCAAGACUUCCUUGAAAUUUAUUGUGUCCAUAUUUCAGAAUUAAUACCCGGCUCUUAGAAAUUAAAUCUAUGUUCAGUCUUAUAUGUUGUUAUCACAAACUUCUAGAAAGCUAACCCAUAGUAGUGCAACUCCAGUGGAUUGUUUAUCAGAGAUUAUUGUUAUGUAUAUAUAACGAGAUUAGAGACAAUUAUACAGAUUGCUGAAAGCACA